AUUUGGUGGAUCCCGUGACGCGCUUCUUCUUCUUCUUCUUCUUCUUCUUCUUCUCGCGAUAAAACCUAGACAGAGCUUGAGAGAGAGAGAGCUUUCCCUUUCGUUCAUCCCAGCAUCAACCAUGGAUCUUGAGGCUGACAUCCGCGCAUUACAGCUUGAUUCGGCAGAAGAAAACAACGGAGUUGUUAUCCCGGAAGCUCAUAACUCAGAUGAAGUUGAGAAAUUGGAUACAUCAGAAGAAGACCUGAAGGACAAGGUGGAAGAGUCAGCACCGGUUCCUGAUGAGCAACAAGCUUCCGAGGAUCAUGAUCAAGAAGUGCACCAUGCAGUGCAUAACCCUGCGAAAGCUAAAGAGAAGGCAGCCCAGGAGAAGGCUGCCAAAGAGGAAGCUGAAGAAGAGGCAGAAGCAAACAAGAAAAGACACUUGAACGUGGUGUUCAUCGGGCAUGUUGAUGCUGGAAAGUCUACAAUUGGAGGACAAAUUCUCUUCCUUAGCGGUCAGGUGGACGACCGACAAAUCCAAAAGUAUGAAAAGGAAGCAAAAGAAAAAAGUAGAGAAAGCUGGUAUAUGGCUUAUAUAAUGGAUACAAAUGAAGAAGAGAGGGCGAAGGGCAAAACAGUUGAAGUUGGAAGGGCUCAUUUUGAAACUGCGAGCACGAGAUUUACCAUUUUGGAUGCUCCGGGUCACAAGAGUUAUGUACCAAAUAUGAUCAGCGGAGCAUCUCAAGCGGACAUUGGUGUACUGGUGAUUUCAGCUCGUAAAGGUGAAUUUGAGACGGGAUAUGAGAGGGGUGGGCAGACGCGUGAACAUGUUCAACUGGCAAAAACAUUGGGUGUGUCGAAACUGGUUGUCGUUGUGAACAAAAUGGACGAUCCAACUGUGAACUGGUCGAAAGAGAGGUACGAUGAAAUAGAACAAAAAAUGGUACCAUUUCUUAAAUCCUCUGGCUACAACACAAAGAAAGAUGUUGUCUUCUUGCCUAUAUCUGGUCUAAUGGGGUUUAAUAUGGACAAGAGGAUGGAUCCAAAAGUUUGUCCUUGGUUCAGUGGCCCUAGCUUUUUUGAAGUCUUGAAUUCAAUUGAAGUUCCGCCACGAGAUCCUAACGGCCCAUUCAGGAUGCCCAUCAUUGAUAAAUUCAAAGAUAUGGGGACUGUUGUUAUGGGAAAAGUAGAAUCGGGCAGCAUUCGGGAGGGUGAUUCCUUGGUCAUUAUGCCAAAUAAGGAACCCGUGAAAGUUGUUGCAAUAUAUUGUGAUGAAGAUAAAGUUAAGCGUGCUGGACCGGGUGAGAAUUUGAGAGUCCGUAUAACUGGCAUUGAGGACGAGGAUAUCCUUUCAGGUUUUGUUUUAUCCAGCGCGGUAAAGCCUGUACCUGCCGUUACUGAGUUCGUUGCCCAAUUACAAAUCCUCGAGCUGCUUGACAACGCUAUUUUUACAGCUGGUUACAAGGCUAUUCUCCACAUUCAUGCUGUGGUUGAGGAAUGUGAGAUCAUCGAAUUGAUAAGCCAAAUUGAUGUGAAGACGAGGAAACCCAUGAAAAAGAAAAUUCUGUUUGUGAAGAAUGGUGCUGCUGUUAUCUGCCGUAUACAGGUUACCAAUUCAAUCUGUGUUGAAAAAUUCUCAGAUUUCCCUCAGCUUGGAAGAUUCACUCUACGAACUGAAGGGAAAACAGUUGCGGUGGGAAAAGUGACUGCGCUCUCAAGCGCUUGAUCCAAAUUUUGUGAGGAAAAGGAAACGGAGCUUACGGGUUGCACAAAGUGGUGGAAUUAGGAAAAAAGCUUCUUGAAGUGAAUCUGAGUUCCCUAAACUCAAAACCUUAGUUCCAUCUCCCUAUGGUGGCCAAUUUAGAGUUACUGCUGCAGAGAGGUGUAACCUGAGAUCGUUUUCUGAAAAUUUAAAAGCUAAAAAAAAAGUAUUAUGAUGAACAUGAGUGAGAGAUUUUUGUUGCUAAAUUUACAAUCACUACCCUUUUUAGCCGAGUCUGUAUUUCGUCUUUUUUUGGAGUUUGCUGUUUAAUUAGUUUUGAGGAAACACUAUUUGUUCCUUAAACGCAAGUACCUUGUUUCUUCGUGUUCUUGCUUCA